AACUCCCACUGUCUCCCAUAUAUCACCUUAAGCUCGGUUCACCAACCGGCCACGCAAGUAUCAACUCUGCAAUAUUUUCCAAUCCUAUCCAGUCGAGCCCACGUCCCCGCCCAAUAUGCCCCCCCGGAAGGACAAAAACCAUCCCCCGCCUCCGGCAAAUCCUCCCUCAACCCCGUUGCCAACGUCCAGGACAAACAAGCAGCCGUCUCCGCCCGGGGCACCUCAAAAGUCAACUUCGUCGCCGCAGAAUAUCGGCUCCCUUCCCAUCCAAAGGGGGGGUACACCGACAUCGUCCUCAAACCAACCCGCAGGGCCAACCACGCCCAGGGCAAACAAGCAGCCGUCGCCGCCCGGGGCACCUCAAAAGCCAACUUCGUCGCCGCAGCAUGCCGUUUCUCUGCCCAUCCGACAGCCAAAUACACCUACAUCAUCCUCAAACCAACCCGCGAGGCCAAUCACGCCCGUUUUGCAGGGGUCUCAGACCCAGAGCGGCACUCCACGCACCCCAAAGCCCACCGGAACACCCCCUAGGCCGGCCUCUGGGUCUGCAACGCCGAAGCCCGGGCCGACGCCGGCCCGGCGAACACCCCCCUCCACCACUGAGCAGUCACCGUCUCAACAGUCUCAACAACCUCCAUCCAGGGCACUGUUCCCGUCACCGCACCUGCACCAGUCCACUGCGGUGACCGUCCUCCAAGGGUUGACAGCGGCACUUCCUCAGUUCAAGAUGGCCAACGACUAUGAGGCGAGCUUGGGCAAUCAUGAAUCUAGUGCGAUCGUCGAGGUCACCGGACCACCACGGUUUUGGACUGAGGUACCCGCUCACCACUACGAGUCGGUGGCCAACUUGUACCUCAAAGGACCUGGCGUCAUGGACAAGUUGAAGCUGCACCACUGCCCUUCUCUGGAUCCGACCUUCCGUGUUAGGAGGGAGGCCGAUGUGGUGACCUACGCCGCUACCCACCUCACUCACACCGUCAACACGGCAAUCGACAGCGUCUUCCCCAACGCUGUGGAAUCGGUAUCCGAGGUGGAGGUUAAUAAGUCCCGCCCUGAUUAUAUCUGGAGAGCAGCAGGAUCCACGGGUGCGAGCGAGACAUUUGCGAUGCUAGAAAUGAAAAUCACGGGCAGAGUCGACCCAGGCGUCUUCCGCCGCGCCACUGAGACCCGCGCACAUGCGGCCGAUCGAGAAGGAGAAUCGCAGGAGACAUUUUUCGCCUACCUUAAUGGCGAGGACUACAGGGCGAUCAAACAAAUCACGAGCUACGUACACAGCCACGACUUCAACACACGAUACGCCGCCUUGUUUGACGGUGUCUACCUCUUUCUCGGCGUCUUCUCUGAGGGGACGAGCCGCACCCCGUUGCUCAAAGGAACGCUACUGCCUUGCCAUGGAACUGAGGGGUGCCAUGCCCGAAAGGCCCUCCUUGGUUGGUUGAUCCAAGCCAAGAUGGACAAAAAGAAUGGCCGCAACAAUUUUGUUCAGCGCGUGCCGCUGAAACUGCCACCCCGUGGCCACGCUCAUCGCGAAGAGUGAUGAGGCCCACCGCAUCGCACCAUGGACCCGUCGCCCGGGGUUACUUUUCCUUUUGUCGUUUUGUUGUUUUGUCCCCCUGUCUUUUCCUUUUUCUUUUUGUCUGUCCGUCUGUCUGUCUUUUCCUUUUUGUCGUUUUGUUGUUUUGCCCCCCUGUCUUUUCCUUUUUCCUUUUGUCUGUC